AUGACCACGAGGCUUAGAAACGCGAAUCCAUGCGAUGGAUGCGCAUUACGACGUGUGAAAUGUGAAGAAGGAAAGCCUUGUCAUGAAUGUCGUCUAAGGGGCAUCGAAUGCACGGCUCUAAGGACAAGGAAGAAACGUGGACCAAAGGGUGGAGUGAGAACAACCACCAGAGAGAAGGUCGAGAGAUUCCAAGAGAGCAUCAAGAACAAUCAACCUUCUUCUUCCGCCGCUCAAAUUACCACCCAAAAUGAAACCGAGAUUUCCGGACCUUUACCUCUACCGCCUUAUCGAAUACCACUUCCUGAAUACCGCCGCAUCCUUGACAUCUCCAAACGGGUAGUAUCGUCAAUAUGGAUAGUCAUCAACCCUGAGGAUGUUCUCAACAAAAUUACCCAGAACAAUGACGAUUACGAGUCUCACGCUCUAGCAGCAGCAUUAUGCGCCGCUACUAUCGCCCAACUUCGACUCCCUGAGCAUGCUGGGCCACGGAACACCACGUCAUCUCUCCAAUUCGCUACCGAAUGCCUGCAAUUACGAGAGCUCUAUGACUAUCGUGAGAGUCACAGUAUUCCUUCUGCACUGAUACCAUUCUUUCUUCAUGUUUACCACUCCAAUGGGAAUAAACUACGUACUGCUGGUUUGUUUCUGAGAGAGGCCGUUACGCAGGUUCAGUUUAUGCAGCUUGGUUAUCCUGAAACCUAUAACCAUUUGAGUAAGCCGGAGCAGUCACUCCGGCUGCGUAUAUACUGGCUUGUACUCAUAACUGAAAGAACAUAUUCUGCUCAACAUGGCCUGCAGGCAGUUCUUCAAGUCAUCGACGUCUUCCCGGAUACCCAAGACGACAUGGCCGACGAGCGCCGCCUACAAGCCUUCGUAUCACUAACACGACUAUUCGCCUAUCUCGAGAGUAACCUGACAACAAUCUCGUCUAACCAGCAGCCACUCGAAAGGCAAAAAUUAGUAUCUUACCAAGCCGCGUUAUGUCUUGACUCACACGACCACGUUGCUCGUGAAGCUCAAAGAGUCGACCUGUUCGUCACGCGCCAGUGGAUCAGACUCAUCCUAUGGGAGUACACCGCUCGCCACUUUGCUAUGUCUUGCUACCCAGACGAUGAAGCUUUCUCUCUGUUUUUACCUGUCAAGAUUGGACAUAAGAUGCUUGAACUUUUUUCAAUGGUGACGAACGCAGCCAUCAAGACACAUGGAUAUGGCAUCGAACUCAAGGUGUUUCGUUUAGCGGACGCAAUGCUUGAUAUUGUUGCCUGCACACCGUUUUCUGCCCAUGGAGACGCACGUACUACAUUCUGUGGGUGGAAAAGACUCUGGAUUUCUGCGUAA